AUGCGUAGUUGGAGACGAGCAGCCGGCGAUGAAAAACACGACGGUGAAGGCGUGACACGAAGAGCCAUAACAGGCGUUAGAGGCGGAACCGGUGCACGUUGUUGUCCGCAGCAUAUGAUAAAUCGUCGUUUAACACGUGAAGCUAUUGAUCGACUUCGUCCUCAUUAUAUCCGGAGGAUUUCCUUAUCCUGCGGUGAUAUUCUCGGAUUGUUCGCAAAAGUCACAAUAAUGAUGAAUAAUGAAAAACGAUUUAAUUUUGACGAUAUGAUGAAAUUGGUGAAUGAAGAUAAUUACAAUUUGACUGGCUUAAGUAAAGAACAAUUUGAUCAUUUGAUGACCAUGUUAUCAACAUUGAAUUUACGCAACUCCCCGUAUCGUUCAAAUCGUACUGCUGUGGCUUACCUCCUUGCCAAAAUGCGGCUAGGUAUCUCAAACCGAGUUUUAGCGUCGGUUUUCCAGCUACCAAGUAAACGAUCGGUGUCAUCAGCGAUUGGCAGCACUCGAAAACAUGAUACAACUGCAUUCGCACGUCAGUUAAUGGCUAAUGGUGAUCCUGACACCGCAAUUUUGGUGGCAGAUGGAACAUCUAUUUACAUUCAAGAUGAUAUAUUCGUGGUAGACCGUGGUUUCCGAAAUUGUGUUGGUGUAAUGCAUGCAUUGGGAUUACGUAUUGCUAUGCCACUAUUUCUAAGAAAAACUCGUCAAUUAAAGAUUUAUCUUUCAAUAGCUUGUGCAUUAAUUAAUUGUUAUAAAUCGGAAGUAUUAAAAUCAAAACCUGGCGAUAUUGAGUCAUCAAAAGAAAUGCUUGAAUUAGUAAACAAGCCAAAUCUUGUUCAACAGGUAAUGCUAAGCAAUAUGCUACCUGAGAAGUGA